AUGGAGUCAACAAGACGUUCUCUGAGGAUUGCUGUACUUACUGUCGGUCCCAUCCUGUUGCUUGUUGAUGUAUUUAUGUUGCAUAAUUCGAAGAAGCAUCGAAUGGUGGACCCAGGGCUUAUCUCAACUGAGUAUAGAGAACAGAUUUCCAAGAAAAAUUCUCUACUUACAACCGACAUACACCCCAUCAUAAUACUCUCCACCUUUAGAAGUGGGUCCUCUCUAACCGGAGACAUACUCCAACAGGACAAAGAUUCCUUCUAUUUGUACGAACCACUGAAUCCCCUAAACUACCUUAUGUACCAAAACAUCACAACUUUACAUCUUGUGAACGGAUCAGUUCAACCCAUUGGGAUACAUGACUUCAACAAAGUUUCUGCUAACAUCCUGCUGUCCUUGAUCACAUGUGACUUCACCAGCCUUGAUGUGAACACCGUUAGUCAUGGAUUUCUUUACUACAGUAACAGAAGUGUUCCUUACAUUACAUGUGUUGAUAGAAAUAAACGCAGGACAACUUUGUUGUCUGCUAUCAGAAAAUGUCUACCCAUUUUGAUAGAGGCAUGUGAACAAUCCACUCACAGAAUUUUCAAGAUUGUUCGUUUGUCAAUGGAUUGGAUGGAAAGGUUGCUGGAAAAAUUUCCCAAAUUAGUAGUUGUUCACCUAAUUAGAGAUCCGCGCCCGAUCCAGGUCUCAAGAGAUAACCUGGGUGCUAACAUAUUUAAAGAUCUUAGGAAAAGUUUUCAAGAGCUUUGUGACCUUCUGUCCUGGAAUUUAUUUUUCGAAAGCAAACUGAACAAUACGUACAACAGAAUCGUCAGACUUUAUUACGAGGACCUAGCACUAUAUCCUUUCAGAACAUCAAAGUGGUUGUAUAACAUUCUGGGACUACACUACACAUCGGAUGUCCACGCCUAUGUACACCAUUUAACAAGAGCAGGAAUCCAGAAUGACUGUUCAACCUGCGCAAUAAGAGCAAACUCGUCUGCGCAUGCCUACUCAUGGAGGGGAUUUUUCAAUGCAAGUCAAUUGAACACUAUCCAAGAUGUAUGUGGAAACUACAUGAAGGCAGUUGGCUACAUUAAUUCAUAAAAAGCAUAAUA